AUGUCGCCGCUUGAACUACCUUCAUUUUUGGUCUACCCAAGUUCCAAAACUACAAGAAAACUGAAAGCAGCUGUUAAACCGAUUAAAGUUGCAUAUCUUCAUGAAUUACAGAUUCGUUGCAGUGAAUUAUUUGGUGGAUUACUGCAAAAGAAAGAAAAAUUGAUUGAUAUAAUUAUUCCAAGCUCCAAUAUACGUGAAUUGUUAAAUAAAUAUGUGUCUGCCAAGCAUUCAGGGGCUAUAGGAUAUUUUGUAUCAAUCCAACCUGAAGGAUCAGUACAAAAACGGUUUGGUAUAAUCAUUCCAGGCCCAACGAAACCAAUGUGGACAGUUUUCUAUAUCAAUGUCAAGAAACUGAAUGGAAGUUUUGAUACUGACACAUGCUUUAAAUUACUUCCUUCUGAAUAUAUCCAGGAUAGCCACUCGUUGAUAUUAAAUCAUUGCGAUCUUACAGCAUCCAGUAAGAAAUUUUUUGAAGAGGUGUUCAGUAACAAUCCUUCCAAUGUUUCUGAACCAUACAGUGCGUCCUUUUCAAUGAAACUUCCCAAAGCCAAUCUGGAUAAUCGAGAUACAAAACUGCUUGAAGAGUCCUUGAAAACGAUUGAUCCUGGUGAAUAUCUAGCGAAUAGUUACUUUUCCACGCUGUAUGAAGGAAGGAUACCUCUUCCUUUUUUCCCCAAAUCAACUCUGCCGCGCAUUCACGUCUUGGCCCAUUCAAACACAAAGUUAGUGAAGGAAUGCAUCACGAAAUUUUUAAUAACGUCUAUGAGCUUUUUUGAUAAAAGGCACAUCUUUGUUCAAAUUAUUAAUGACGACGAAUUUGAUCUUGAACAUUUUAAAAGUAAAUGGAUGGACUUGAACAGCAUGCUGCAUCCAUCGGAGCUCGAGUUUAGACGUGAGUUUUUUGAUAGCAUAUGCUCUGAUAGUGCUUCUUUCAACAGAGAGAAAGUUUCUAGCUUGUUGACCAAGCUUAAGAUAAAAGAAGCAAAAUUACAAGUGUUAUUAUUACUCGAGAUUCUUCAUAUUUUAAAUCAGGAUGGUUCAUCUAAUACAUCAGAUAAACCUCGUGAAAAGAAGCCAGACAUAACAAAGAAAAGAGUAAAAAUAAGGAAAAGAAAUCGGUCACAUUUAGUCGGUCAUAAGAAACGGCUCUUACCUACAUUUAUAGGCACAGUUAUUCCUGUGAAUACACAUUUUUCCACUGAUUUGAGAUCUCUGAAUUCCAGCAAAAACAGUGAGUUGCCUCUAGAUGUCAAGAAAGUUAAACUUCUUAUUCGCAACUGGUUUGAUCGUCUUUGUGUGUGGGAAGCAGUUCUAGGUAUUUCAGAGAAGAGUGAGGGCUCUUCUUUUAGUUUCCUUAAAUCAGCAGUCAUUCCAUUCUAUGCGAAAAAGCAUCACAGGUUGUUAAAGGAGCUUGUUACAAGAUCCAGAGGGCUAAAGCUUGAUAAUAAGAAAAAUAAGAGCACUAAGCUACGCCAACAUUCGGUUGAUCAUAAAAUGGAUGAGUCUGAUAAAAUGAGUACUUUUGAUUACAAACAAGGCCUUAUAACUGAUAAUCCAAACCAAUUCUUAAGUCGGGAUAAUAACAUUCAUCCAUCUGAAAGGCAGCACCGAAAAAAUUUACAGACAGGAAGAUAUAUACCCCAUCUUGCACGAAGAGCUAGUAGCUUAGCUGGUUUGAAAGAUUUAAAGAUUAAUAGAAAUCAUAGUUUUGCAGCUCAUGAGGAUUUCUCAAGAAAAACAUUUGAGAUGGUGAGGAGUACUUCAUUUUCGCAAAUGAUACGGCAUAGUUCCCAGAAUCUGAAGGAAACACUGGCGAAAAGAACAAUAUCACUUCAUGAAAAGAUUUUCGAUCACAGAAAGAAACGGAGACUUGUUGCUCCCAAGACCAAAUUCAAGGAAACUGCUUCGCCAGCAAAGGAGGUCACUGAGAUUGAAGCUACACCGCUGAAAAAAAGACGGCAUUUAUUAAAAGUGAGGAAGGAGUCCCAGCUCAAGCCAGUUCCGGAAAUUUCCGUACAUUCUUCAUCUCCUAUUAUUGGUGCCACACCGAUAAAAUUAUCUAAGGAACCAAAUGUGGAAGAAAAUAUAGUUAUAAACUCUUCCCCGAUGGAUUCUUCACCACUAAAUUUGUUACAUUCUCAGCAUGAUAUUUCAAUGACUUCACCAUUGAAGAAUUCCAUCAUUAUGUCUGAGUCGUCAACCCAGAAUAUUGAUGAAAGUUUGGGACAGGAUGUCGAUAAACAGCGCACCUGCUCUGAAGGGCAUAUUGAAAAUCAGAACGAAAAUCAGAACGAAAAUCAUGACCACAGUGAAGAUGGCAGCUUUUCUACGCUUUUCUCAUCCCCUCUUCGACCAAUAAGAGGUGAGACACAAAGAAUAGACGAUGUCGAAAAUAAUCAUGAAGAGUUAAAGGAGGAGGAGGGUUCAAAAAAUUUAGAGCGUUUUCUUCAUCCAAAGCCUACAAGGAGAAGACUUCAAUUCGACUAG